GCGCAGCGGCAGCCUCCGCGGCCGCGCUCUCCGCUCGCGCUCCUUGGCAUGCAGCGGCGGCCGGCGGCGAGCAGCGCCCUGCCCCUGCCGCUGAGACAGCCCCGCCAGCAGAGCUCCGCUUAGCUGCGCCCGGCAGCCGGCGAGAAGGGGAAUCGAGAAGGGGGGGGGGGGGGGGGAUUUUUUUUCCCCCUUCCUAUUUUUUGGGCUUUUUUUCCCCCGUGCCUUGCAGUACGUGCCUCGAGAGUUUCUGGAUAUAAUUACUGACUGAAAUCUGGGCUGGUGCGGGUGUAGGUGGGGGGGGGAGAGAGGGAGAGGGGAGAAAAAGACAGAGUUCCCCCCUCCAUCUACCCUCCCUGCUCCCCCUCCCCACAUAUUUUUUUCUCCCUCUUUGGUGGUGGUUCGGACAUUUCAUGGAUUGAACGAACUGGAAUUGCUUUCCGCGUGAGGAGGAUGGUUGCUGUUACUUUGUCAUGAGAUCGGGAAUGAAUCGCUCGGUUUAAAAAUGCUGCUUUGGAUUCUGUUGCUGGAGACGUCUCUUUGUUUUGCUGCUGGAAACGUUACAGGGGACGUUUGCAAAGAGAAGAUCUGUGCCUGCAACGAGAUAGAAGGGGAUUUGCACGUAGACUGUGAGAAAAAGGGAUUUACCAGCUUGCAACAUUUCACCGCCCCAACUUCCCAGUUUUACCAUUUAUUCCUGCAUGGCAAUUCCCUGACUCGACUUUUCCCUAAUGAGUUUGCUAACUUCUACAAUGCAGUCAGUUUGCACAUGGAAAACAACGGUUUGCACGAGAUUGUUCCCGGGGCUUUUCUUGGGCUGCAGCUGGUGAAACGCUUGCACAUAAACAACAACAAGAUCAAAUCGUUCAGGAAGCAGACUUUCCUGGGGCUGGACGAUCUGGAAUACCUCCAGGCAGAUUUUAAUCUAUUGCGGGAUAUUGACCCAGGAGCAUUUAGGGACUUAAACAAACUAGAAGUGCUGAUUUUAAAUGACAAUCUCAUCAGCACCUUGCCCCCAAACGUGUUUCAGUACGUGCCGAUCACCCACCUCGACCUCCGGGGAAACCGUCUUAAAACGUUGCCUUAUGAGGAGGUCCUGGAGCAGAUCCCAGGCAUUGCUGAAAUCCUGCUAGAGGAUAACCCCUGGGACUGCACUUGUGAUCUGCUGUCGUUGAAGGAAUGGCUGGAAAAUAUACCCAAAAAUGCUUUGAUCGGCAGAGUGAUUUGUGAGGCUCCUACCAGGUUGCAGGGCAAAGAUUUAAAUGAGACCACAGAGCAAGAGCUGUGCAAAAAGAACAGAGUGGAUUCUAGCCUAGCUGCUCCCCCUGCUGAAGACGAAACCUGUGAUCCUGGACCUAUUCCAACCCCCUUUAAAAUACAUGGCAAAGAAGACCCUGCAACACCAGGAUCUGGUCCAAAUGGAGGUACAAAGAUUCCCGUCAACUGGCAAAUCAAGACCAAGCCCACUGCUGCGGUCUUGACAGUUAGUGCAAAGAGCAAGUUACCAGCUGCCGUGUCCUGCCCACAGAUCUGCAGCUGUGAUCAGAUCCCUGGCUCAGGUUUAAAGGUUAAUUGCAAUGACAGGAAUGUGAGCAGCUUGGUUGAUUUGAAGCCCAAGCCAUCCAACGUGCAGGAGCUGUUUCUGAGAGACAACAAAAUACAUACCAUCAGGAAAUCCCAAUUUCUGGAUUACCGGAAACUGAAUUUACUCGAUUUGGGCAACAACAACAUCGCCACCGUUGAGAACAACACCUUCAAGAACCUCUUUGAUCUGAGAUGGCUCUAUAUGGAUAGCAACUACUUAGAUACCCUGUCCAGGGAGAAAUUUGCUGGGCUGCAAAACCUGGAGUAUCUGAACGUGGAGUUUAAUGGAAUCCAGCUGAUCAUGCCUGGCACCUUCAAUGCGAUGCCCAAACUGCGAGUUCUCAUCCUCAACAACAAUUUGCUGAGGUCUCUCCCAGUAGAUGUGUUUGCUGGGGUCUCACUUUCCAAGCUGAGCAUACACAACAAUUAUUUCAUGUACCUCCCAGUGGCAGGGGUGCUGGACCAGCUCACCUCCAUCACCCAGAUCGACCUGCAUGGCAACCCAUGGGACUGUACUUGCCCUAUCGUGCCUUUCAAACAGUGGGCAGAGAUGCUGCGCCCCAAGGUGAUUAUGAGUGACCUAAGGUGUGAGUCUCCUGAAGAUUUCUUUAAGGAGGAUUUUGAAUCUCUCUCCAAUGAUGUGAUUUGCCCUCAGUUAAAAAUCUCACCCACAUUAACUUCUAACAAAAAUAGCACUGGGUUGACAGAGACAGGUACUCACUCCAACUCCUACUUGGAGACCAGCCGUGUCUCUAUUUCGGUGCUGGUGCCAGGGCUCCUGCUGGUUUUUGUGACCUCUGCCUUCACGGUGGUUGGCAUGCUGGUGUUCAUCCUGAGGAACAGAAAGCGAUCCAAGAGGAGGGACGGCAACUCUUCAGCAUCUGAAAUCAACUCUUUGCAGACGGUCUGCGACUCGUCCUACUGGCACAACGGGCCCUACAGUGCCGACGGGGCCCACAGGGUUUACGACUGCGGCUCCCACUCCCUGUCGGACUGAGGCGGCGGACGGGGCGGGGACGGGCCGCUGCCCGGGACCGGCCAUUCGCGCUCCGGCCGGUGGGGCGGCAGACGCUGGGCGCUGAUGGCUCUGCACCUCGGCUACCUUCUGUGAUGAACAGAACAGGCUCAAGCCUGCACGCUCCUCCUCACGACCUCCAAAGCAAGCAGCGAAGCCGGGGGCACGGUGGGGGGAUGGGGAGCUCCGCGCCGGGGCUCACCCCCACAGCUGCGCGCAUCUCGGCGUGGGGGGCGCAGCCCCCGCGUCCAACGAACAAGUGAGGAUCCUCUUCCUUCUGCUCUGGCAAAGCGAAACACAGCUUCUGGUUUUGUUGGGCUUUUGUUCUACUGUGUUUGGUUUGCAUUUUUUGCCCUCUUCCCUUGCGGGACGGACCCCUCACCGAGAGGCCGUGAAGGGGAGGAGGGCGGAGGAAAGGCUGGUGUGGGCCUCCUCUUGAACUCAAAGCAGGAGUGGAAAGUUGCACGAAGGCAUGAAUGUAAUGUAAAUAAACGACUCUGACUCUGAAACAGACAAAUGGACCAUUAAAAUAAAAAAAAAAAAAAAAAGAAAGAAAAAGAGAAAAACCUAAAAAGAAAAUAAAAAGGAAAAACAACAACAACAACAACAAAAAAAAGUGCUGCAUGGCUCGCAUGGAUACAACGCACCCCAGGGACGCUCCAGCCCCCAACUGGAAGCAGCGUCUAGUUCACACCAUCAUCCCUCUUCCAUGAUAAGUCCCUUCGUAUCAAACCUUCUAUAUACAAAAUACAGUAUGAUAAUAAAAAGUGCCAUUUCGCCA